AGGCCGCCGCCGCCGGCCGGCAACGCGCAACAAUUUCUCAACGCAUAUCGGUUAGUGAUGCAGUGCUGGUUACUUAUAUAGUCUAUUUCGUCUCGAUGGACGGCGCAAUAAGUCGCGUCUAACUCACCGCAGCCUUGAUAGUCUUUGCGCGCCCGGCACGAUCCGUCGCCGGUUAGAAUAUUAUUAUACGAGCCACCAGCAGUAGUCGCGUAUCAUUGACGAUCGGUGCGUGACGGCUGUCGGAUUAUUGGAAUAGAACGACGGAACAAGAAUUCAUAUUAUAUAAUAAUACAGUAAUCACUGUAGGAUACGCACGGACUGAACACAGGAUAAUACGAUGGGCCCUUGCCAAUUCUCCGGUUCGGCCACACAGAUCGCCGCGUGCAUUGUAGCGUCGUUGCCCGUGUUCAUGGCGGGAAUCGUGCUCGGAUGGCCGUCACCGGUCAUGGAGUACAUGUCGACCGGACGCGCGCCCCUGUCGCUUACGCCGGCGCAGAUGUCAUGGAUGGUCGCGUGCAUCGACGUCGGCAACUUCGCCAUGGCCGUGCCCGCGGGAUGGCUGAUGGACCGGGUCGGGCGCAAGUACGCCGUCACCACGUCCGCACCGCUAAUGUUCGCCGGAUGGAUGUUCAUACUGUUUGGCCGACAAGCAUGGUGUCUGUUAGUGGCCAGGCUGCUCCAGGGGUUUUCCGUGGGAAUCGCAUGGGUGGUGGUUCCGGCGUACGUCGGCGAGAUGGCCAGCAUCCGGAUACGUGGCAAGCUCAGCCUGUUAGUGCAGAUCAGCUACGCGUUGGGCCUGCUGUUCUCGUACUCGGCCGGUUGGCUGCUCGGCGAUUACACCGCACUGACCGCCACAUCGGCCUGCGUUGCGGUCGUGUCCGGCGCACUGUUCCUAUUCCUGCCCGAGUCGCCAUACUACCUGAUGCUGGAUGACCGACCUGACGAAGCGGCUGUGUGCUUGUGGUCACUGCGGAGUUACACGGACGACGAUCUACAAACCGAACUGUUGACCGUCAAACACUCCAUUUCAAACGACAGGGAUAAAGGGAGCGUCAGAGACCUGUUAAACAGAGACCGUCGCCCGCUGGUGAUCGUCAUUGUGUUGGCCGUACUACAAAUGGCCUGCGGGGCUAGCGUGUUAGAGGCAUACGCGGCGUCCAUCAUGUCAGGCACCCAUAUAUCGGCCAACGCAUCCGCUGUGUACUUGGGCCUGGUCGUGCUGGUGGCCGCCGUUCCGUUCGCGCUGGUUGUGGACCGUUGCGGCCGUCGGCCACUGAUGAUCGUCUCGUGUUUCGGCACGGCCGCCUGUCACGCGGCCGUGGCCAUCGUUCUCUGGGGGCGAGACACCGUUGGCCGUAGCUGGCAGCCGCUGUUCUGGCCAAUAGCUGGCGCCCAGUUCUUCAUCAACAUCGGCCUCAUGCCAUUGCUGUCCGUCGUCCAGUGCGAGUACUUCCCGUCCGACACCCGGGCCCUGGCUGACACGGCCGUCGUGUUGGCCGUCACGAUCACGUCCACAGUCAUGAUCACAAUCUACCAGCCGGUGGCCGACGCCCUCUGCGCAUCCGCCAACUUCGGUAUCUACUCGGCUGCUUCCCUAGCCGGCGGCCUGUUCUGCUGCCUGUUCAUGCCCGAGACCAAGCAAAAAUCGUUCGCUGAAAUACAAAUGGACUUUCACAAGACUAAACGGCACGCCAACGACGGAGUUCACAAACUGUGUGAUUAUCAGGAGAUCUGAGUCUCGCACCUGUUGUAUUAUUUUUCGAGUACAGAGUACUGCAUAGGGUGUUCUAAGACGACGGCCGCGGCAUUAGAUACAUUCAAACGUAUCAAAUAUUUAGUGGUACACCUGUACAACAAAUUAUGUGCCAUUUAGUAUAACCUUGAUUCGUAUAUUUCAACGCAAGAAUAUCGUCGUCUACCUUCAAUGGGUGUUGUAGAAUUGUAUACUGAGUUAUAUUAUAUUAUAUUUAAUUAUAUUUAUUUUUACAUUAAGAUAGCAAGCUGCAAAAUGUAUAUAUUCAUCACCGUAAUUGUUAAGGUUUUGUAUUAAUUGAUUGACAAUAGUACCUAUUUUAAAUUUCAUGGUAUUGGUAAUAACAUUAUAUUUACAUUUUACAUAUUCUAAUGACCUUAAAUAACCAUAUCUCGUAUUAGUACAGUAAAUAAGUUUACUGUUAUUCUUACUAAACUUUAAAUAUAAUAUUAUCUACUGAAUUAUAGACUAUUGUCUAUUGGUACAUAUUCUAAAAUAAAGCAAUACGUUUUUAAUAAUAAGGGACUGUGUCAACAUUUAACAAAACCAUUUUCGGGUUCAGAGUUCAAAAUUACAAAAGUACAAAACCUUAAAAUUAGAAACUACAACAAUUUCGUAUUAUAUAUGUUUUGAAUAAUAACAAGUAUUAAAUAGCUGAGUGUUUUACGUUAAAAAUAUAACCUACCUAUGUAUUGUAUAUUCAAUAUUGUACACAUAUUAUACGAGAGAACUAUUUGAUAAGAUUA